AUGGACACAAAACAGUACACAGGGCUUGGGCAAUAUCUUUCUGAAAUUGAUCCUCAACACCAAGAUCCUACAUGGCAGUUACAGCAUAUUAUCAUAUUCUGUCGUGUUCAUUUUCAACGCUCAAUUUUAAAGGCAAUUGGGACUAAAAAUAAAGGAUCAGGCCUUUGGAGUCGCAUGAUGAGUCUCCUAGAUUGCCAGUCAGAGGCUGAGUAUGAUGAGUUGAUUAAACUACUGAUACAAUAUGAAUCGCCAGCAGUCCAGACCUGGGCCAUACAAAAAAAGAGUGCAGUUAUUAAGGCAGGUCUAAAUGAAUCAUGCUCAAAAAUUCAGCCACAUUAUUUUAAUAUUCUACGAAACCAUACAAAUGCUGUUGAGCAAUCACACCAAAAAUCAUAUGCUUCAGGGAAAUAUUUGACUUUGGCUGAAGCAGCUCGGAAUUCUGCAAAACUUGACAAAGAUGAUAUUCUUCAAUAUCAUAAUUUUCAGCAGUUCAAUAUUCAUCAUUCAUAUCGAGCUUCUACAAUGGAGGCAAACUAUCUGCGACACAUGAGUCGGGAAAGAAGAGGCCAUAAACGUCAGCGAUUAUCUUCAACAGCUGAAUCAGAGAGGCAAGCAAGCAGUCAAAAUUUUGAAAUCUCACAUGAAAAUUCAAGAGGUUCUUCUUCUCAGGUUGCUGAUAAUGAAUCUACAACCUCAUCACGGAAUCUUCGCCGAGUGGCUUCAACAAACAUACUGACAAUUGAACAACGCCGUCAAGAAUUAGAAUUACGAGACCUGGAGGCAGAAGUCAAAAGGAAAGAAGAAGAAGUUCGCUUGAAACAGCUUCAAAAUGAGCAAUUAGAGCUGGAACUUAUUGUAAUGGGCCGAAGCCUUGCUAUCUAA